AUGGUAAGUAUUUUAACCCCAAAUAUGCUAAUUCAGUCAUUAAACCCUCACACCGGCCUUCCUCGUGGUUGGCAGAUCCGCAUUUCCAAGACUCAUGGUCAGGAAUACUACUAUAACCCGGGAAAGAGCGAGUCUGUUUGGACUCCACCUGAGGGCACCGACCAGGAGGCGUUGGAUUUGUAUCUGUCCAAAAACCUACACAAGCCGAAAAAAGUGCGCGCCAGACACAUCUUGGUGAAACAUAGAGACUCCAGAAGACCAUCUUCGUGGAAAGAACAGAACAUUACGCGUUCCAAAGAGGAGGCGGUCGACUUGAUCAAAAAAUACAAGAGCCAGAUUGAGUCUGGUGAGGUUCCGUUCGAGGAACUUGCUGGCGAGAGCAGCGAUUGCAGCUCGCACGCCAAAGGAGGCGAUCUGGGCUUCUUUGGUCCGGGAGAGAUGCAGCCGAGCUUCGAAAAGGCCACGUUUGGACUGCAAGUGGGCGAACUUAGCGACGUUGUCGAGUCCGACAGUGGCAUCCACCUGAUCGAGCGCACGGGCUGA